GGUAAACGCGAACCCAUGCUCGAAAUAAACAAUCAAAUCAAAGGAGACGCCAAACCCUAAGCGAAGCCAGCCAUGACGGACACAGCCGCAUCCGCAUCCGCAUCCGCACCGAUCCCUCCCUCAGGCAAGAGGCAGCCGGAUCCACCAACGGGCGAGGAGGAGCCAGAUGCGAAGAAGUUGAAGCAGGGCGAGGAGUCGAAGAUGAUUAAUUUCGAAGAGAUGCCAGAAUUAUUAAAAUACUUACCAGAAUCCCUAAAAGACGAAAUACCAGAUGAUGUGUUAGACAGACUGCAUCUUACUCGCGAGGAUCUAAAGGUCACUGAUGACGAGCCGAUGGAGCCGAUGGACGUGGCUCUCCUGUGUACUCUCGAAGCACCUCCUGGUGAAGAUGAUGUUAGGGACUUCCCUGAACCAGAAAAACAUAUUGUUCUUUGGAUGUGAUGUGAUGUCUGUGGCGUGUUUUUUGAUCACUGGCCUGCCGACUGCCCCAAAAACACUGUCCAGGGUAGCACUGGUAAGUGAUGAGUUCGAUCAAGAGGGAUCUUAAUUAAAUAUCUACUAAUUGCAAUGAUGUUUGUUAUCUUAUGAUCUACCAAGUCUGUACCAAGAUAUUAUCUUAUUUUACUGUGAACUGUUCCAUCUAAUGUAAUAUGCAUCGUAUUACCACCUUGUUUAAUGAUUGUCAUUGUGAUCGACU